GACGGCAUCAGCGCCCUGCACCAGGCCUGCAUAGAUGAGAACCUGGAGGUGGUGCGCUUCCUGGUGGAGCAGGGGGCCACUGUGAACCAGGCGGACAACGAGGGCUGGACGCCCCUGCACGUGGCCGCCUCCUGUGGCUACCUGGACAUCGCCAGGUACCUCCUGAACCACGGGGCCAACAUCGCCGCUGUCAACAGCGAUGGGGACCUGCCCCUGGACCUGGCCGAGUCCGAUGCCAUGGAGGGGCUGCUGAAGGCCGAGAUCGCCCACCGAGGUGUGGAUGUGGAGGCAGCCAAGCGGGCAGAGGAGGAGCUGCUGCUGCAUGAUACGAGGUGCUGGCUGAAUGGGGGCGCCAUGCCUGAGGCGCGGCACCCCCGCACUGGAGCCUCGGCCCUGCACGUGGCCGCUGCCAAGGGCUACAUUGAGGUGAUGAGGCUGCUCCUCCAGGCUGGCUAUGACACGGAGCUCCGGGACGGAGAUGGCUGGACGCCCCUGCACGCCGCGGCCCACUGGGGCGUGGAAGAUGCCUGCCGCCUGCUGGCCGAGCACGGUGGGGGCAUGGACUCGCUGACCCACGCGGGACAGCGUCCCUGCGACCUUGCAGACGAGGAGGUGCUGAGCCUGCUGGAGGAACUGGCCCAGAGGCAGGAGGAUCUGCGGAACCAGAAGGAAGCCUCCCAGAGCAGGGGCUCUGAGUCCCAGGGCCCCUCUGGCAGCAAACACCGCAGGAGCUCCGUGUGUCGUCUGAGCAGUCGGGAAAAGAUCUCCCUUCAGGACCUGUCCAAGGAGCGCCGGCCAGGGGGUGCGGGGGGACCCCCCAUCAGGGAUGAGGAUGAAGGAGAGGAAGGCCCAACGGAGUCCCCCGCAGCAGAAAGCAGAACCCUCAACGGCGUGUCCUCGCCACCACCCUCUGCCCUUAAAAGCCCCACGCCAACAGAGGACGCUUUCCCCAGACGCUAUGGUCUCCAGAAGACAGGGAGCUCUGGUGCCCUGGGACCCCCAGAAAGGCGGGUUGUUGAAAGAGCCCCUGGGACCGGGCUGCAGCGCUCGGCCUCCUCCUCUGUGCUGGAAGGGACUUCCACUCAGGCCAAGGAGCCACGUCUUGCCAGAAUUACCCCUACCCUCUCCCGGAAGGUGCUGGAGCCCCCUGCCCUGCCUGAGGUGACCAAGCCUCCUAUUUCUUUGGAAAACACCACUCCCUCUCCCCCCAGGACUCCGGAGCCUGAACCCCCAGUGAAGCCAAAUCCCCCCCCAGCCUCUUCCGUGUCCCCUGCUGACUCCCGGGACCGUCGGAGGUCCUACCAGAUGCCAGUGCGUGACGAGGAGUCAGAAUCCCAGCGGAAAGCUCGUUCCCGCCUCAUGCGCCAGUCUCGGAGGUCCACACAGGGCGUGACUCUGACGGACCUGAAGGAAGCAGAGAAGGUGGCAGGGAAGGCGCCCGAGCCAGAGAAGCCGGCCCCGCAGAGCCUGGACUCUCCCCGGAGACCCCGAGUCCCUGGGGUUGAGAACUCCGAGGACCCUGUGCAGAGAGAGGCGCCUGACGGGCAAGGGCAGGGACCACAGGCCGCCAGAGAUCCCCGCAAAGUCGGCAAGGAGCAUCGGGGGCCUGCCGAGGGGGAGGAGGCAGAGCUGGCGGAGCCAAGCCCAGAAUCCAGCCCUCCUGACGGUGGCCCCGAGUCCCACAGACUGUGCCCUCAGCGAGACCACCACCCAGAACCCAAGCCAGCGCCCGACGAGCCAGAUGGAGGAUUCCGGAAGCUGUAUGCAGAGCUGCGCGUGGAAAAUGAACGACUGCGCGAGGCCCUGACGGAGACCACCCUGCGGCUGGCUCAGCUCAAGGUGGAGCUGGAGCGGGCCACGCAGAGGCAAGAGCGCAUCGCCGAGAGGCCGGCCCUCCUGGAGCUGGAGAGAUUUGAGCGCCGGGCCCUGGAACGGAAGGCUGCCGAGCUGGAGGAAGAGCUGAAGGCCCUGUCGGACCUCCGAGCUGACAACCAGCGGCUCAAGGACGAGAACGCAGCCCUGAUUCGCGUCAUCAGCAAACUCUCCAAGUGA